AUGGCAUCCCUGCUACCCAGCCGGACCUUGCCCUUGACCCUGGUCCUGAUGGUUAUCCUGGCCCCAGGGGCUGCAGUUUUCAACAUCUCAAGCCUCUCCGGCCUGCUGUCCCCGGCGCUCACGGAGAGCCUGCUGGUUGCCUUGCCCCCCUGCCACCUCACCGGGGGCAACGCCACCCUGACGGUCCGGAGAGCCAAUGACAGCACAGUGGUGACGCGUGGCUUUGUGGUGCCCCCCUGCCGUGGGCGAAGGGAGCUGGUGAGUGUGGUGGACAGCGGGGCCGGCUUCACCGUCACCCGGCUCAGCGCAUACCAGGUGACAAACCUCGCGCCAGGAACCAAAUACUACGUCUCCUACCGGGUGCGGAAGGGGACGGCCACUGAGUCCAGCCGAGAGGUCCCCAUGUCCACCCUCCCUCGACGCCAGGGGGCCUCCCUCGGGCUGGGGAUGGCCCGCACGGGGGGCAUGGUGGUCAUCACGGUGCUGCUCUCCGUCGCCAUGUUCCUGCUGGUCGUGGGCUUCGUCGUGGCCCUGGCACUGGGCGCCCGGAAGUGA